AUGGUUGGGUUUCUGAAGCUUCCUGUUGAGCUAUUGUUCGAAAUUGGGGAGCUCAUCGAUGUCAAUGACAGGAAGUCCUUAAGGGUUGCCUGCAAGGACCUCUCUGAGUGCUUCGAGGCGUGCGUACUCCACACCGUGUCCAUCGAUAUUUCGACACCCUCGCGACAGGCUGGUAUCGCGAAGCUCAGUGGACUCGCGCUAGGCAAAGCACCUGGACUGACGAGGUCUGCGCGACAUCUCAUUAUCAAGUCAUUAGCAGCAAGACGUUCCGACGAUCCUGUUGUCUAUAACAGUGAAGGCGCGUACGGUCCCGACUCCUAUACACAAGCUGAGAUCGACAGGGCCGACAACGCAAUGAAGGAGCAUCUUCGUCCUGCGUUGGUUUCCUUCGAAAGUGUCUCAAAGGUCACUUGGACCAUGCGCUACUUAGACAGAGAAUGGUCCCAAAACAUCGCCAUCAAGGCGCUCCAAACCCUGCCUAAUCUUCGGACACUGGUACUCGCUGCAACGUCCGCCUACAUCACCCUCCCGCUUCACGAGUUCCCAUAUCUGCAACACGUUGAGCUCAGCGACAACUCGACGAGGCUCACGCCGAACUCGAAGAAAGGGCGCACCUUCAAGAACCUCGCAAGAUUGAUUGCGACAGCACCGGACCUUACCUAUGUUCUCGCCAUGAGAGGCGGAUACGGUCGAGAGACGAGAGGGUUGCGGCCAACGAGCAGUUUGCACCAAUAUUUCUCAGAAUGCUCCCCUGAAAACCCCCGCCACAUACAACGACUGUUCAUAACAGGCAUGUUCGUCAAGAUAGACCCCAUAACCCAGCCACAUCUGCGUCAUCUAGUCGCUUUGGAGCUAAGCCAUAUCCGCGAGCCGUACAACCCCCCACCGAAGAGACACUCUGCUAUCUUCCAGUAUUUACCGGAGCUCAUGAAGCACUUAAAUGGGUCUUAUCUUGAUGGUAAGAUUGCGAUUCAGCAACGCGAGGUCGGCUCCUCCCUCGAGGAGAUUUGGACCGCGAUCUCAGCUAUGGGCCUCCGGCUCGAGGAGGUGAUUGUUAGCAGGAUCUGCCCUGCCUUCCUGCGCUAUCUGGAGAGCUAUUCCGGGGUGAAGAAGCUCGUACUUAAGUGGAUUUCCGCCGAAACACCCAGCCAGUCUGACGGGUUUGCCAAAUCUCUAUUCGGCGUACCGCUUCAGAGACAUGUUGACACGCUUGAAGACUUCCGCGUCAGCACCCAGUACGAAGGCCUCUGGUGUUUCGGUCCUCACAAUGCCCCAGUUAUUUCACGUAUGAAAUCACUAAAAAGACUUGAGAUACCCAUCGCGUCGUAUAUGUUCACUGAGUACCUCGUUGAUGACAUAGUGAUAAACCUUCUUGACACCAUGGUAGCCCACUUCCCUGGGUUGGAGCGACUCACAUUGCACGCGGCUAGCCCAGCGUCGAUGCACAACACAAAGCCGGACAGGGACCCAGAGCACCUCACUAACACGUACAAGAACAUACGGACCCGCGUCCGCACAUUCGAGGAGCACCGCGCGCACACGGCUAAUCGCAUGCCGGAGAUCUUCGUAGGGAAGAAGCGCUUCCGCCCAGUGUACGAGGGUGUGAAGGGGUGGCACUUCCGCGAAUCUGAUAUUCCGUUGGAGAUGUACUGA